GUUGGGGGAAGAGGGAAAUAGAGGGGUAAAUAUAUAUAUAUAGAGAGAGACAGAGACAGAGAUCUGCAGGUUAUUUAUCUGUUGGAGCUACAGUCUGCCGCCAGGGGCUCUGAUGAGUGAAGCCCUGAGAAGGAGCUGUCUGACCAGGGAGAACUAGGCUGUCCUCCUGUCUGUCUGUCUGUCCUCCUUCCUGUCUGUCUGUCCUCCUUCCUGUCUGUCUGGCUGUCUGUCUGUCUACCGGAGAACACUGGGACAGUAGUGCCUGUGGACCCGAUGCUGUGUGCACCUGAUGGUCGGCGUGCCCACUGUUUCCUCUCGCUGGUGGGAGAGGCUCAAGACGCUGUGGCCAGAGCGCGCUAGGAGGAUGCUGCGCCAGGUGUUGCAAGCAGGCCUGAGGAGCUCCUUCCAGGCUCUGGGUCGGUUUGUGGCGAGCCACCCAGUAUUCUUCGCUUCCGCCCCCGUACUGGUGUCUGUCCUGCUGGGGGCCAGCUUCAGUCGGUACAGAGUGGAAGGUAACGUGGAGUCGCUCCUGGUUCCUAAACACAGUCUGGCGAAGAUAGAAGGAAACCUCGUGGACUCCCUGUUUCCUGUAAACAGAUCUAAACACACCCUGUACUCUGACCUGCAGACUCCUGGCCGUUACGGCCGAGUUAUAGUCACCUCUAGGAGAGGCAGCAUCCUGGACCCUCUACACACAGACCUAGUACUCAAGCUCCAUCGUGCUGUCGUUCAGCUCCAGGUUCCAGUGUUGGGCUUCAACUACUCUUUCUCCCACCUCUGUCUUCUCGACGACAAGAAUACCUGCAUCAUCGAUGACAUCAUCCGAGCCCUGGAGGACAGCCAAUCAGCGCGCUUCGCUAACCGUUCUUCCCUUCCUCUGCGCUACCCAAUCACACGUCUGGCUGACGGGCGGAUGGCCUACAUUGGUCACCAGUUAGGAGGGGUGCAGGCGUGGGGGGCGGGGCCUGCAGUACAGGGUCCAGGGGGUGUGUCUGGUCGAGGCCAGGGAGUCCGGAGCGCUAGGGCUCUGCAGCUGACCUACUACCUGCAGGCUCGCGGCGCCCUGACGGACAGGGUGGCUAGCCAAUGGGAGCAGGCGUUCUGUGGCGAGCUGGGCCAGUUUGGAGCGGGACACCCUGAACUGAGCUUAUACCCCUUCACUUCAUCCUCUCUAAGGACAGACUUCCAGGCGUCGUCAGUGCUGGCUCGGCGCCCCCUGCUGGCCAGUGUAUGUGUGUGUUUGGUGUUAGCCGUGGGCUGUUGUUCAAUGAGGGACUGUGUGAGAGCUAAACCCUGGCUAGGGCUUUUGGCUCUGCUGUCUAUCGCUCUUUCUGGUCUCACUGCUGCUGGCAUCCUUAACCUGACUGGAACCACUUACAACUCAACCUACCUGGGGGUACCAUUCAUACUGCUGGGUCACGGACUGUUUGGCACAUUUGAGAUGCUAUCGUCAUGGAGAAGGACACGUGAGGACCAACAUGUUAAGGAGCGUGUAGCUAGCGUAUUCUCUGAUGUCAUGCUGCGUUACUCAGGAGCUACACUGCUACAUCAGGUGUCUCUGGGUCUGGCUGCGUCUCCUCUGACCAACCUGGAGGCUGUCCGGCUGUUCUGUCGCUGCGCUGCGUUGGGCGUAACCGUUGGUUACCUUUACACCUUGUCCUUCUACGCCACCUGUCUGGUUGCCACGGGUUACCUGGAGACAGGGUACAGACACGGGUGUUUCUGUCGCCGAGUCCCCAAGAAGGGAGCGCUGGACACCAAGCCACGCUGGUACCGCUGUCUCAUGUACACACACUACCAGGACGAGACACACUCACAAACUCACUCACACACACCCAACUCUACACACACACACACGCCUAAUGCUGCGCAUGCCUACACACAUACAGCGAAUCCUGCACACACACACGCUCACACACACACUCCCAACACUACACACACACAUGAUCAUACACCUAACACUACGCACGCUCACACACACACUCCCAACACUACACACACACAUGCUCACACACACGUUCCAAAUACGCACACCCCAACCACCAUCUCUGAACUGCGACCCCAGGACUCACACUUGUUGCUAGGCUGCGUGCAGCGUUGCUAUGGAGACUGGAUCACCAACACCUAUGUGAAGCCCUUCAUGGUUCUGCUCUACCUCGUAUACAUCUCCUUUGGCCUGAUGGGCUUCCUACAGGUGAGCCAGGGCUCGGAGCCCAGUUCUCUGGUUGCUAUGGAUACAGGGACAUUGCUGUAUGCUCGCGCCCAGCAGCGCUACUUCUCCUCCUAUUCUCCUGUGAUUGGCUUCUAUGUCUAUGAGAGCGCCCCCUAUUGGAACACCUCGGUACAGCGAGACCUGCUGGAGUACGCUAAAGGGUUCCAGCGAAUCAGCUGGUUGGAAAGCUACCUGGAUUACCUGACAGAACGGAACCUCUCCACUACCAGCCAAUCCCGUGAUAGCUUUACGCGGAUGCUCCGCCUCUCCUUCCUUCGCCAGCCGCAAUUCGCUCAUUUUGCCGAUGACAUCAUCUUCGCUGAGCGCGAUGAAGGGGAGGAGCCAGAGAUGGCAGCGUCACGUGUCUUCCUGGUUGCCAAGACAACGGAGAACAAGAGGGAGGAGAUGUCCGUCCUAUUGGACACGCUGAGACGUCUGUCUCUGACAUCACGCGUCCGCUUUCUCAUCUUCAACCCCUCCUUCGUCUACCUGGACAGGUAUGCUACAGCAGUGAGCUCUCCUCUGCGCCACUCCCUGAUGGCGGUGUUGUUCCUGCUGGGUCUGUCGUCUCUAGCGGUGGUGGAGCCCCUAGUGGCAGUGUGGCUCAGUCUCACCCUCCUCUCUGUCCAGUUUGGUGUUCUGGGCUUCAUGACUCUGUGGGGCGUGGAGCUCGACUGCGUGUCCGUGCUAUGUCUGAUUUCAGCACUGGGUCACUCUGCAGACUGCUGUGGUCCUCUACUGGCCACCUUCUCCUCUGGCCGGGGGGACAGCCGGACCGUGUGGGUCAGACUGGCGUUGGAGAGACAUGGCGUCCCGUCUCUACAGACGUUGAUCUGCUACACCGCAGCGCUGCUCCCUCUGGCCGCCGUCCGCUCCAACCUUACACGCUCGCUGUUCCGUUGCCUAGUGCUGACGGCGUUCUGCUCAGCGCUCCAUGCCUUGGCCUUCCUGCCCACGCUGCUCACCUUCCUGCCACCCGCCAAGAAGACAGGAAGUAGACAGGGAGACAGAGGGGAAGGGGAGGGGCUUAGAGAGGAAGUGGAGUGUGUGGAGAUGGUUGACAGCACCAGGGUGGUCGACCAGAUCACCACCGUUUGACCAACAGGAUGUGAUGUCACAGGUUUUGAUGGGGUCACCGAGGAUAUGUUACCAUGGCUACUGGCCUCUGUUGGCUGACAACUCACGGGGUGUGGCCAAUCAGAGCAAGGAAUCAACAUGUUGCGUUUUCACAUAGAGAUAGGAAGAAACGGAGGAAGAGAGAGAGAGAGAGAGAGAGAGAGAGAGAGAGAGAGAGAGAGAGAGAGAGAGAGAGAGAGAGAGAGAGAGAGAGAGAGGGUGAGAAAGUCAGAUGAGAGAUAGAUGGGGAGAGAGAAAGAAAGUGGAAGGGAGAAAAAGUCAGAGGGAGAGAGAAAGAGAGUGAGAGACAGAGUGAGACAGAGGGGGUGGAGUAAGAUUGAGAAAAAACGGAGAGGUGCUUUGUUUCCAUGGUUACUCUCUUCUUGCCUCUUGUUGCAGUGCCAUACAGUUAUCAGGACAUGCCCCCCCCCCUCCAUUUUUUGCAGUCUGGAUCUACUGCAGACUGGAUCUACUGCAGACUGGAUCUACUGCAGACUGGAUCUACUGCAGUCUGGAUCUACUGCAGACUGGAUCUACUGCAGACUGGAUCUACUGCAGACUGGAUCUACUGCAGUCUGGAUCUACUGAACAUUGAAUCUACUGCAGUCUGGAUCUACUGCAGUCUGGAUCUACUGCAGUCUGGAUCUACUGAACAUUGGAUCUACUGAACACUGGAUCUACUGCAGACUGGAUCUACUGCAGUCUGGAUCUACUGAACAUUGGAUCUACUGCAGACUGGAUCUACUGAACACUGGAUCUAUUGCAGACUGGAUCUACUGCAGACUGGAUCUACUGCAGUCUGGAUCUACUACAGUCUGGAUCUACUGCAGUCUGGAUCUACUGCAGUCUGGAUCUACUGCAGUCUGGAUCUACUGAACAUUGGAUCUACUGAACACUGGAUCUACUGCAGACUGGAUCUACUGCAGUCUGGAUCUACUGAACACUGGAUCUAUUGCAGACUGGAUCUACUGCAGACUGGAUCUACUGCAGUCUGGAUCUACUACAGUCUGGAUCUACUGCAGACUGGAUCUACUGAACACUGGAUCUACUGAACACUGGAUCUACUGAACACUGGAUCUACUGCAGUCUGGAUCUACUGCAGUCUGGAUCAACUGAACACUGGAUCUACUGAACACUGGAUCUACUGAACACUGGAUCUACUGCAGACUGGAUCUACUGCAGACUGGAUCUACUGCAGACUGGAUCUAUUUCAGACAGGAUCUAUUGCACACUGGACCUACUGAACACUGGAUCUACUGCAGACUGGAUCUACUGCAGUCUGGAUCUACUGCAGACUGGAUCUACUGAAACCCUGGAUCUACUGAACACUGGAUCUACUGCAGACUGGAUCUACUGAACACUGGAUCUACUGCAGUCUGGAUCUACUGAACACUGGAUCUACUGAACACUGGAUCUACUGAACACUGUAUCUACUGCAGAUUGGAUCUACUGCAGUCUGGAUCUACUGAAAACUGGUUCUACUGCAGACUGGAUCUACUGCAGACUGGAUCUACUACAGACUGGAUCUACUGCAGACUGGAUCUACUGCAGACUGGAUCUACUACAGACUGGGUCUACUGCAGACUGGAUCUACUGCAGACUGGAUCUACUGCAGUCUGGAUCUACUGAACACUGGAUCUACUGCAGACUGGAUCUACUGUGGUCUCACAGAGACUUUGACGUCAAUAAGAGUUUCCUGUAUCAAUGGAGGAAAGGUUUUAGUGAUGUCAGAAACCCUUCAUGAGCUAUUGUCCAAUCAGAGACUUCUAACCCUGUAUGAGAGGGAUGUCAGUCAGUUGUCAUAGUAACUAAUGACCUGUGGAACACUGUGUAUGUUACAUUCACCUGUGAAUCAUCUGUUUAUCCCAAACUACAAAAAAUACCGUAUCGCAGGUAAUAGAGCACCAGUUAUACCGUAUAGAGCUCCAGAGUGGAGGUGUCAUAAUACCCAUAAAACCUGGUGGUCAAACAGGAAAAUGGUUCAAAUA